GGUUGGCUACACUGCUUGUUUGGGUUGUACAGAUCGAUGUGUUGUGGCGGUUUAUAUCAAGGACAGGCAAUAUCAAUGAAGUUAGAAUUUGAGAAGUGCUAGUGGUCAUUUUUGUGUGAAUUUGGCAAUUGAGACGCUUUGAAAAUGGGUGAUAAAUGUAUGUGUUGUGCACAUUAGGUGCCGCCAUUACUGAAUUGAACAAUAGAAAGUGUUUAUAAAGCGUGGGAUAAUGAAUUGCAGUUCAUCCCCGAUUCAUACAAAUUCCUCUUCUAGAACUAUCAAAGUGGAUGUAAAUGAAUUUAGUACAUUACUAUUGAAUGUGUCAGUGAAGCGGAAACUUUUUCCAGAGUUAUGCUCAAAACAUUUAUCCAAUACUUUGAAGAUUCAAAUAAAUAAUUUGAAAUCUGCAACUGUGGAGCUAAACAAUUCUGAAUGUACGAGUAGUAAUGACAAUUGGUGUAUCUCAAAGAAUAUUAAAGAGGAGAUUGCAAAAUCAGUACAUAACAUUCAUUUACUGGAUAUUUCAAACAAGGCAGAGGACAUACUGGAAGAGACAAGGGGUAUAAAACGUGUGCUGGAUCAGUUUCAGAAAGAGAAAACUUGUGAAAUGGACAUAUACUUAAGAAUGUUUAGCAAAGAUUAUAAAAAUACAUAACAUAAAAAUAUU